GCCCUGCAGAGGCUAAACCCUGGUGGGACCGAAUCUCCCGAGUCUCUGCCGCUUCCCCUGAUCUCUUGCACCAGGUCAAUCCUUCCUUCACCCAGGGUCUACUGAGCGCCAUCCCUCCUGCUGGACGCUGGCUACCCGAGUAGGGAUCAAGCCAGGUCCCUGCCAUUCCCCAGCACGCAGCCGAGUAGGAAAGCAGCUCGCAAAGCCAGCGAACGGGCAGCGAUCCAGGGAAGAUGGAAGAGUUGAGCCGAGCCCUGGCUAGUAGCUUUUCUGUGUCUCAAGAUCUGAACAGCACAGCUGCCCCACACCCCCGCCUGUCCCAGUACAAGUCCAAGUUCAGUUCCUUGGAGCAGAGUGAGCGCCGCCAGCGAUUACUGGAACUGCAGAAAUCCAAGCGGCUGGAUUACGUGAACCAUGCCAGAAGACUGGCUGAAGAUGACUGGACAGGGAUGGAGAGUGAGGAGGAAGAUAAGAAAGAUGAUGAAGAAAUGGACAUUGACACUGUCAAGAAGUUACCAAAACGCUAUGCUAAUCAAUUGAUGCUUUCUGAGUGGUUAAUUGAUGUCCCUUCAGAUUUGGGGCAGGAAUGGAUUGUGGUCGUGUGCCCUGUUGGAAAGAGAGCCCUUAUCGUAGCCUCCAGGGGUUCUACCAGUGCCUACACCAAGAGUGGCUACUGUGUCAACAGGUUUCCCUCCCUUCUGCCAGGUGGCAAUCGGCAAAACUCAACAGCAAAAGACUACACCAUUCUAGAUUGCAUUUACAGUGAGGUAAACCAGACCUACUACGUUCUAGAUGUGAUGUGCUGGCGGGGACACCCUUUCUAUGAUUGCCAGACUGAUUUCCGAUUCUACUGGAUGCAUUCAAAGUUACCAGAAGAAGAAGGACUGAAAGAGAAAACCAAGCUCAAUCCUUUUAAAUUUGUGGGGCUAAAGAAUUUCCCUUGUACUCCUGAAAGCCUGUGUGAUGUGCUGUCUAUGGAUUUCCCUUUUGAGGUAGAUGGACUUCUCUUCUACCACAAGCAGACCCACUACAGCCCCGGAAGUACUCCUUUGGUGGGCUGGCUGCGCCCCUACAUGGUGUCAGAUGUCCUCGGUGUGGCUGUGCCAGCUGGCCCGCUGACCACCAAGCCAGAAUAUGCUGGACACCAGCUCCAGCAGAUUAUGGAGCACAAGAAGAGCCAGAAGGAGAAACUCACACACAAGGCCUCCGAGAGUGGGCACUAUGAGUUGGAGCACCUGUCUACCCCCAAGUUGAAGAGUUCUCCCCACAGCCCAGACCAACCUGGAAGCCUCAUGGAGAAUUAAAGUGGGAAGCCUCCUGAAGGAGCCACAGGAUGGUACCUAGCCCCAAAGGGAAUAUGGGAGGGGAGGACAGUAAUAACAGGUGACUUCAUUCUUUAGAGCGAACUUUACAAAGCCAGCCUGGCCAGAAACAGCUUAUCUAUAAUCUGAAAUGCUGGCUCAAACAGUUGCGGGAAGGCUCCCAGAUUGGGUAGCAUUCAGGCUGAUUUGAGCAGCUCCUACUGUGAUAAGUGUAUCCUAGAUCCGCAAUGUAAAUAUAUGUGAUUCAUAAGAAAGAA